CAAUGUCGUUGUCUCUGUACGCUCAUAACCAAAGUAAAGCUGCACAUCCCGAUUCCCAGCAGAAUUCAAAAUGACUAAGUAAUAUAAGCAUGAGUGCACGGUAGCAGCAACAAUGGCGCAGGAACUCUCAUCAAACUGGAAGAAAUUGCAGGCAAAGAUCAAGGCGGAAUCCACCACUGCGGCUUCCAAACCAGCAACCAAGAGGAAGCCUGAUGAGGCAUCCGAGUCACAGUCGAAGCGGCAAACAAAGCGGCCAAAGCUGCAGAGGCAAACACCAAGACAAGACACAGCAUUUUCUAAGGCGGACAGCCGAGGCUCAAAAUCAAGGCCAAAGCCGAUGGGCAUAGCUCAGUCGUCAGCCGUCUCCAGAGGCUCAUCAUCGACAAUAGCGCCGUCGCUGGCCCUUUGGGCGGACGACAAUGACAUCUCCGCCGAGUCUCUAGCGGAGGCGUACGGACUUGGCGUCAGGAAUAACGUCCUUCUCAAUGGAGAAAAGCCACGCAUCAACGAAGGUCUUGCGCCAAAUCUAAACUUGGGCAAGUACGUCGCUAUCGACUGUGAGAUGGUUGGUAUUGGACCCGACGGGUACGACUCGGCUUUGGCCCGUGUCAGCUUGGUGGACUUCCAUGGGCGGCAAGUCUACGACUCGUAUGUGCGCCCAAAGGAGCGCGUCACCGAUUGGCGGACCAAGAUCACCGGCAUCACGCCCAAGCACAUGGCCUCAGCCCGUGAUUUCGACACGGUACAGAAGGAAGUAGCGGAUCUGUUGAAGGGUCGCAUCGUGGUAGGUCACGACAUACGGCACGAUCUGGCAGCGCUGAUACUCACCCACCCCGUUACCUACAUCCGCGACACAGCCCGUUUCUCAGGAUUCAAGCAGUACGGGAAUGGACCGAAACCGGCCUUGAGGACCCUGGCGAAAGAGUUAUUGGAUUUGGAGAUUCAGAUGGGUCAUCAUUCCAGUAUUGAAGACGCGAAGGUAGCCAUGCUGUUGUUUCGGAAGAAGAAGUCGGAAUUCGAUAUGGAACAUGCGAACAAGUAUGAGAAGCCUCCGGGAACAUCGACUAAGGCAAAGAGGAAGCCUCAGCAUAGCAAGAAACAUAAGCAUUGAGACUAGCCCAAUAUCAUGCAAGAAUGGUCAAUGCGUCGACGAACAUAAUGAUGCAAUUGAGUCCGGCUUGGCAUCAAUUGUGUCGGACCGCACCAGCCUUCAACUUUCAACGACUUUUCCCCCCCCUCUUUUACUAUACGACAGCGAGUUGACUGAUGAUGGAUGGACCCUGAGCAUCAAACCCUUGGCAACAGCUAACUGUUAGAAUUUCAGGAGCGAAACCUCCGGUGUAUCAACGACCUACUAGGUGUGCAGCCCAAAAUCACACUUUUCUGUACUUAAAGCCCUUAUGGCCACCUUUACUCGCAUCAAGUAUGUUACAUUGAAG